CACCAGAGCGUCUCCUCGUCCCCUUCUCUCCCGGAACCCGGACUGCAGGCCGGAACCUUUGUGCAGAGCUCCAGGGCCGGAAGCCCUCUUCUAAAAGCGCAACUCUGGCCGGAAGUCAGGGCUGGUGGCAGGAAACGCGGCGAUUUUAACAUGAGCUUUCCGGGUGUCCUGCGUCUGUUCCCGGGAGGAAAGUGGAAAUAUUUUCAGGUUGCAACAUGCCCAUCUCUGUGCCAGCCUUUGCUGUCCUGCUGUCAGAGAAAAUCCAUAGCACCAGUGAAGAAAACAGACUUUGUUUCAACCUCUUCGGAUGAGAGCUUAAAGGACACUGGAAAAAAGUUGGAAGGCCUCUACUCUUCUGAAGAGAAAACAGCUAUUUUGCAGGUGCUCAAUACAGCAUCUGUGAACGAACUUGCUACUUUCACAUUUCUUCGAGGAAGGAAGUCUGUCAACAUUGUAAAGCACAGGGAAAAACAUGGGCCUUUCCAAGAUUUGGAGAGCUUAAUGGACGUGCCCUUGUUUCAGUACAAAAUUACAGUGAAAGUGUGUGACUCCAUUCUAUGGCCGUUAUCGAAAACUAAAAAGAAAGAGAAAAGAAUACCGGAUAACUGGUCAUUACAAAAGGUUGCCAAACCAGGAAUAGAAAAAAAGAAGCUUAAGGCAGCUAAUAGUAUUGUAUCUAUUGUUUUUGGCAAAGAAAAAAUUGCAUGGGCUCAUCUUGAUAGCAGACUAACGGUUCUUGAUUGGCGACAAGGAAAUAAAUUUAAACUGAUGAAAGAAACCUUCACACCGGCUGGGUAUCUGGAAAUGAUUUCCUCAGUCGUUUCAGAAAUCCCUGAAGCAGAUUUCUAUAUUUUGGAAAAAAGAACAUUUUCUCUUCAGCAGACGGCUUUGUUUCCAAUUGCAUUACAUUUCCACAUUGUGGAGGCCAUGCUGUAUUCCUUGUUAAACAAAACGUUUGCUCAAGAUGGCCACCAUCGGGUGUUGAGCAUGAGCCGGAAUAUGGUAGGGAAACACUUUGAUUUGAUGCUUGGGAAUAUGCGGACUAGUGGCAUGGCUGUGGUCCAGCAGUUUCUCUCAGACUCUGCACUGAAAGCAAAGUCCCGGGUGUCCUUCCCAUCUGAGAGUGUGGUGCGUUAUAGAAGCAUGGUAGAGACUGAUGGAAGAGAAAGAAAGGAAGAAUUGUGUGAUUCCCUGCUGCAAGCAGUGGCUUUUUAUGAACUCUUGGUGUUCGGCCCUCAUUCAUAAAGCUUUUCCCGGAUGCAAGAUGGCGCGAGGCAGAGGCUCUUAAAUCUUCUCUUGCUCGCAGCAGAGUGUAGUGAAGAGAGCACUGGAGCUGGAGUCCGAAAUCUUUGGGUUCAAGUCCUGCUGUGUACACUUUCUCCUUGUGUGAGCCUGGGCAAGUCACUUCAGCUUCCACAUCGGUGAAGCAAAGGGGCUGGACUUGAUGGCCUCGAAUUCUAAGCCCUUCUAGCUCUCAAUUGGUGGCCGCCUAACUCUCAGCAUUAUGGCCACUUAAGUUGGCCACAAAGAAACAUUUCCAACCUGGGCCUGGGGAAUUCCCCGCCUUUCCCUCCCAUCAGUCCUCCGGUGGCCUGUCACCCUCUUCUUCAUUUCUUCAGGACUGGAUGUAGAAGAGGUGCCUUUGCAUCAGCCUCUGUGGAUAGAGCUGACCCUCAGCCAGGAAGGCUUCGAGUCGGGGCGAGGGGUCUGCAAGCGGCCUGGCAGAAACUCAUGGACCCCCGAAGCAGCAGACAUGAUCUCUGUUGGGUGACAGUUCUACCAGCUGGGUGACCUUGAGCAAUUCAGAGUAACAUCUGUGGCCUCAGGUUAGGACCAAGAUCCUGUCUGUGUUGAGAGAAGAGUCUCAAUUAUCAUCAACUCUUACUAGCAGCAUUUCUAUGAUUGGCAGCUUAUCCACGUUCUGAUUUUUCAUAUGAAAGGCCGGGAGAACAUGACUGGUUGAAGUUGGGAGUUUUAGACACCUGGAUGGCUCAUACUUUUUUUUAGUGAUCACCUAAGAAAUGUUGUCAAAUCAGUUUUUAGAAUGCUGCUAGGAGCCCAGUGCUAGAGUUACGAAGUGCCAGCUCUCCUUCCCUUUACCGGUCUGUCCUUUCAGGUGAUGGUGCCUGAACAGCAAGAAACAGACCAUAUCACCACCCCCCCCUUGAAAGCUGUGCCAUAGGUAUAAUUACACUAGAGAUCAACAAAGGAAGUGUAUUCCCAUUGUGUGUGGGUUUUUAAUGUUUGUGACUUUCCAGGAAGUAACUGGAAUAAUAAAUGCUCUUUUGCUCUAGUGACAGGGCCUAUUGUGUUUUAA